AUGUUCCCUCCAGACGUGUGGAAUUCUACACACCUGAUGUGGUUCAAUGCGUCUGAGCUGAAUGCUUCUCUGGAGAAUCCGGAGGAGGGGGAGCACCCAUUCCUGACGGACGCCUGGCUGGUGCCUCUCUUCUUCGCUCUCAUCAUGCUGGUGGGGCUCAUCGGGAACUCUCUGGUAAUCUAUGUCAUCUCCAAACACAGGCAGAUGAGGACGGCCACCAAUUUCUACAUAGCUAACCUGGCUGCCACAGACAUCAUCUUCCUGGUGUGUUGUGUCCCGUUCACAGCCACUCUCUACCCGCUCCCUGGAUGGGUAUUUGGGGACUUCAUGUGCAAAUUUGUUGCCUUUCUACAACAGGUGACUGUUCAAGCCACAUGCAUUACACUCACAGCUAUGAGUGGGGACCGCUGCUAUGUCACAGUCUACCCUCUGAAGUCCUUACGCCAUCGCACUCCACGAGUCGCCAUGAUAGUUAGCAUCUGCAUAUGGAUCGGUUCCUUCAUUCUAUCCACCCCGAUCUUCAUGUACCAGAGGAUUGAGGAGGGCUACUGGUAUGGACCAAGACACUACUGCAUGGAGAGGUUUCCCUCGAAGACCCAGGAGAGGGCUUUCAUCCUGUAUCAGUUCAUAGCUGCCUACCUGCUACCUGUCAUCACCAUCUCCUUCUGCUACACACUCAUGCUGAAGAGGGUGGGCCAGCCAUCAGUGGAACCUGUAGACAAUAAUUACCAGGUCCACUUGUUGUCUGAGAGGACAAUCACUCUGAGGAGUAAGAUCUCCAAGAUGGUGGUGGUGAUUGUCCUCCUAUUCACCAUCUGCUGGGGGCCUAUCCAGCUCUUCGCCCUGUUCCAGUCCUUCUACCCCAACUACAGGGUCAAUUACGUCACCUAUAAGAUCAAGACGUGGGCUAACUGCAUGUCCUACGCUAACUCCUCCAUCAACCCAAUCGUUUACGGCUUCAUGGGAGCCAGUUUUCGCAAGUCCUUUAAGAAGACUUUCCCCUUCCUGUUCAAAAACAAAGUGAGAGACAGCAGUGUCACGUCGCGCACGGCUAACGCAGAAAUCAAGUUAGUUGCUGCAGAGGAAGGCAACAACGAUGGGAAAUGAAAUGAGCCAUGGGCAGAGUUAGCUUCCGGGGGGCAGAGCUGCUGGAGAUUCAGUUCACUGUGCACACAAACAAACAUACACAUGAUAGACUGCUGUGAAUGCACACUGCUCAACAUAGCCUGUUGUGAAAUCACACUGUUCAGAAGGCAAACACCUCCUGGUGGAACCAGCAUUUUAAAAUGGCAUUUUAUGUGUUUGUUUGCAAUUCUACAAAUCUGACUGAUCCUGCUCUGUUCUGAUAUCACAGACUUGACCUCAACAGUCAUUCUGGUUCCCAUAUAAAAUAGCCUUUUGAGUGACUGAAACAUCACCCAUAAUAUUUUUUCCUGCUAUAAAUGCUCAAAUUGUUCUCUCAUGUCAAACUACCAGGAUGUCUGAAAAGACAGACUGAGUGGAGCUAGUAGGCUGAGUGGGCGGGGAGCUCAACUUGACUGACUGUUCUUUGAAAACGCGUAAGUCAAGCAACAUGGAUGCAGUGUUGCAGUGACAUUAUCUCAAGCAUAUUUGCUGAUACACAAAACAACUCAAACAACAUUGGAAUUGCAUGUAACUUCCAAUCCUGUCAUACAUCACAUCAUGGUGUCACUUCUGCUCCCUCCCUCCAGCGCUCGAUGUCACCAGUCUACUAAACACCGGUCCUGGCAACCAUCAUUGCGCACACCUGCUUCCUAUUAUUACGCAAACCUACUCAUCAUUUGCUCCUUGAUUACUCCCCCUUUAUUUAGCCCUCACUUGUCAUCAGUCAUUAGGUGGUACUGAUCUCUCUCACGUUCAGUAUGCGGCUUAUGUUUGUUCUUGUUUAUCAUUUUAUUAUUAAACUCACCUUCUGCGCCUGACUCCCGGCGUAUACGUUACACAUGGUUUCACAAAUGAUUUGUUUAGCCAACUGUUUGGUUAUUGUAACAGCAUCAAUAUAGACACAAAUGUUGGCUGUAUAAUUUAACUAGCUAGCCCAAAUGGAAUUGUCAGCACUGUUUAUCAAGCUAGCUAGCUAGUUCAUCUUGGACAAUUUCAGUUGAAACUGUACAGGGUGAGGUCUGGGUAACUUUCAUUAAUUAAUAUAUAUAUAUGGUGCAGUGCGUUUGGAAAGUAUUCAGACCCCUU